GUGUGAGUGUGUGUGUGUGUGUUGCGGUAUGCAUGACAGCUCCGCGAUGGGCCGCCGUUGUGACGAUCUGGGGGCGUUGUAUGUGUGACACAUGUGUGGUGGUGAUAUUUUGUGUUUUCCUAGUCCCGAUUGUAUACCGGUUCACAUUAUCGUUCGAGGAUUCUUCGAAAUUUCGCCCCCACGCGGUAAUCGUCGCCUCGCUCCUGAUUUGGUUGCACUUGGGUUGCAUUUUGUUUUUUUUUUCUCGUGCUUGGACAUUUACGUGCGGAUAAAUACGCCGCGCGGCGUACCGCAUCAUGCAAUAAUAUUGCAUCAAACUGCGAAAUCCCCCGACGUGAUAAUUCCCUCUUAAUAAUGGAGGAUUCCACGGAAGCUCAGAAGUGGCAGCAACACCUGACGCUACUGCGGGAGCAAUAUGUCAAUUUGUACAAUGCGAACGCCGAACUCCAGAAGGAGUACGCUAUCGUUACCGCCGACAAGCAAGAAUGCGGAUUUGUUGGUAGGCUAUUGGCAACGAUAGCAUCGUUAUAUUGUCAACAUCGCUACAGUGAUAUAAAUAUAAAACUUAUCGAUCAAGAAAUACCAGCACAUAAGUUUGUAUUGUCCGCUAGGACUGAUUUCUUCAAUGAUUCAGUUCUUGUUGAAAAAACUGUCUUAGACUGGAGUAAUUUAGAUAGCACCGUUGCAUCUGUAUUGUUAAAAUGGAUUUACACAGGCAAAGUAUCACAAGAAAAUUUGACUUUGGAUCUAAUGAAAGCUGCAGCUAGCUUCCAAUUGUCAGAAUUGGUAGAUCAAUGUGAGAAGUAUUUGAUUGGAACAGUUGGACUAAAGGAUUGUGUGGUAUUGUAUGCAGCUGCUGAAGAGUUAGGCACUAUGAAGUUAAAAGAACAUUGUGGCUCUUUAAUUUCGGCACACUGGGAAGAUCUUACAGGUGAAGAUUUCAAGGAGAUGCCAGGUUCUUUGUUGUAUAAAUUAUUGCAAACAAAAAGUAAAUAUCCUCUGCACGCGGCAGUUCGUUUGAUGCGCGAAGACGUAGUGUUCCUGUAUUUAGUGGAAAAUAAUGCUGAGCUUCCAAGAGCAGUCAACGCCGUAGAUCACAAGGGUGAAACGGCUCUAGAAGUUGCUUUGAAGACUCGCCAGCCAUCUCUAGCCCGCACCUUGGUUGAACAUGGAGCAGACUUGUGCGCGAAAGAAGCAAGAGGUCUAUCCUUGCUUCAUUCCGCUAUUCUGAAAGGGGAUUCCUAUUCGUCCGAAUUCAUAAUCGAGCAGCUGGAGAACAGCGGUAGCGGACAUAAAUUAUGCGAGCCGAUAAAAAUCGUUGAGAGUGCAAAGGAUAUAGCCGAUCUUAAACAGAUGGAAGGCUGCACUGCUUUGCAUUUGGUAGCAAAGCAUAAUACGGAAAAUAUGCUGGCAGUUGGAUCGAGAUUACUCCAAGCGGGGAUCAAUCCGAACUUACAAGAUCAUAGAGGAUGGACUGCGCUUCAUAGUUGUAUUUCGGAGAAGAAUGAAAUGCUGUUCAAUCUUCUGCUCGAAGCGAAGAACGUGGAUUUAGAUAUGACCACGAACGAGGACGAUACGCCGUUGUGCAUCGCGAUGAGGGCGGAUCCCUUAGACUACUAUUUCGCGUCAGAAUUAUUGGCCAAAGGCGCCACAUCAAAUCCGACGUACAACAGCAACGGUGACACGCUUCUUCACAUCUUGACGCGCGAAUGUAAGGAAGAAGCGGCAUUGUUCUUAGCGGAGUUCUGUAAAGGCAGUUUAACGAAAACCAACAACGAAGGUCUCACGAUACUACACGAGGCAUGCAAGGUCGGCCUGAAGAAUCUGACUGCUGUCCUGCUGAAGAGCGGUUUGCCGACGGAUGAUGUCACUUUCACCACCGGUGACACGCCGAUUCAUCUCGCCAUUUCGAAUCUGUACACCGACAUAGUCAUGGAAUUGCUGGACGCCCCAGACUCGAGUUCGCAGUUGGUCAUUAAGAAUAAGGCGAACGAAACGCCUUUGAGUCUGGCGAUAAAAGCGCCGUUCAAGAAGGGCAAAGAUAUUGUGCUGGCGCUGAUCAAAGCUGGGGCUAAUGUGAACGAAUGCAACGAAGAGGGUCUGACGUUGUUGCACCAGGCGAUACUGAAGGAGGACUCGGCCACAGCAAUAUUCCUUUUGGAAAACGGUGCCGACAUGAAUGUGAGAACGGCUGACGGAGAGACGCCUCUGCAGUUGUGCGUACAUUGUCGAUUGGGCGAAGUGGUGGAAGCCCUUUGUAGACGAGGCGUAGACACCUCGAUAGGGUGCCCACUGUGGGACGCUUUGGAUUCGGAUCAAGAGGAUACCGCAUCGAUCUUGGUCAAACACGGAGCAGAUACCGAUUGCUGGGGAUCCGGGCCCGAUGGUUGCCAACAAACGCUGCUGCACAAGGCAAUUGACGACAACAAGGAAGAUAUUGCACAGUUUCUGAUCAGAAGUGGAUGUGACCUAAACGCCCCGAGACGACCCGGUCCGGACGGUGCGGGAGGAGAUGAAGCAAGAGACGAGUGUACGCCGUUGCAUUUGUGCUGCCAAUGGGGGCUGGAGCAAGUGGUGCAAACACUCAUCGAGCACGGUGCCGACGUGAACGCUCGCGACGCGGAGGGAAAGACUCCGGUGCAUGUGGCAAUACAGAAUCAGCAUUCGCAAAUCAUAUCUCUGUUGCUGUGCCACCCAAACAUAGACCUGAAUAAACGGGACAAGAAGGGCCUGACGCCGUUCGCGACUGCCCUAACAGUUCGCAGUAACAGUGCCGUGCAGGCGAUAUUGAGGAGAUUGCCCAAAGCUGCCGAGCAAUAUGACAAUAAGGGCAGGAACUUCUUGCACACCGCCAUACAGAAGGGCGACAUGGAGAGCAUCUUGUUUCUACUGUCGAUACAAAUAGACGUAAAUUCGAGAAUACAGGAUGUUAUGCAGACGCCACCUCUACAUCUCGCCGCCGUGUCCGGAAACGAGUUGCUAGUGCGAAGUUUAAUUCUAGCGGGCGCUCGUGUAAACGAUACGGACGUGAACAGGAACACCGCUCUGCACGUAGCGGCUAAAGCGGGCCAUUCGGCUGUUGUUUGCGCGUUGUUGCAAAACAAUAUCAACUUCGACGCGGUGAACGCAAACGGCGACAACGCCUUACACGUGGCGGUGAGAGAGGGUCACGUAUCGGUGGUACGGACGUUAUUGACUGAGAGCGAGCUGAACGCAGAAGCUGUGAAUUUAAAAGGUCGCAACCCGUUGCACGAGUUGGCCAGAUGUGGCAGAGACAACGCCGCGACGAUCUGCGAGCUGUUUUUAGAAUGCAUGGCGAAGUAUCCGGUCAACAACGCAGAUCUGGAUGGAAAUACACCACUGUUGAUCGCAUAUAUGAAAGGCAACGGUAAUCUUUGCCGAACGUUGGUGCGAGCGGGAGCAUGCUUAGGUUCGAUGAAUAAAGACGGGAUUACUAUUUUUAAUUACCAGGUAGCAACAAAGCAAUUAUUGUACAGACUGUUAGAUUCUCUAACACAGGAAGCACCAUGGUCUGAUAAGGACUGCUGCUUGGAAUGUGGGACAAAAUUCUCUCUAACAAUGCGAAAACAUCACUGUCGACACUGUGGACGAAUUUUGUGCAGCAAAUGUUCUGGCCAGGAUGUACCGAUCAUAAAGUUCAAUUUGAACAAGCCGGUACGUGUAUGCGAUGUGUGCUUUGAUGUAUUGCAGGGUGCUGAGAACUUUACAAAAGAAAACUUUCGCAAUUAACAGUAAGAGUUUCUACGAAAACCAAUGAAGAGAUGUCAUUCCAAUGUUUUUUAUAUGAAAAGAAAAAGCAGUUCAUGCUGAAAUCGGAAGUCUGUGUGUAAUUCUAUGUCAUUGAUAUUUUAUGUAUUCUAUUGUAUACAACAUGAUCGUUCAUGUUAAGAUUUGUUAAAAUUAGUUUAUAGAAUUGAAAUACAGAUGAAGAAAUUAUA